CACAGGACUCUCAGUGGAGGUAGUUUCAACAGACAGAGCUUCACCGUCUGGGGCAAAAUGAAGAGGAGUCUGGUGUUUGGGUUGAGUUUUCUUUCCGUUUUGUUUUGCACCGCGUUAUCCAUGAAUGCAAAGUGCGCCGACCCCAUGGAUCAGGGCACCGGGAAUGAGCAGCAACUGAAAUACUACUUCUCGCAGACAGACGGGUGUCUUCCCUUCUUCUACAAGGGAGAGGGGGGCAAUGGCAACCGCUUCAACAACGAAUCUGAAUGUGUAUGGACUUGCCAUGACAAUCCCGAAUCUUUGUAUCCAGAGGGAGUCGCUGUGUGUGAUCUCCCCAUGGAGCCGGGCCCCUGCUACGGCAGGCAACUCCGGUUCCACUUCAACUCACAGGAGAGGACCUGCCGCACUUUCAUCUACGGAGGCUGCAGGGGAAAUGGUAACCGGUUCGAGGACAUGGAAACGUGCCAGCAGACAUGCAUGGGGAAAUCGGGUCGAUCUGCUAAUUCUGGACCACAUCCUGAUGAGCCAACUGUUAAUACUGGUUUGAUUGCUGGGAUCGUGGGUGGAUGCGUGUUUGCUGUGGCAAUGGUCGCUGCCAUUACCUCACUCAUCCAAUACAAAACCAGAGACAGAAAGAAAGUACCGACAAAAGAAAUUGAGAUGAGCUAGAAAGAAG